GUCCAUAUUAAAGGAUGUCUAAGCUCUAACAGUCAAUAAUCUAGCAAGGAAAUAGAAACCUUCCCAGAAAUAUUUACAUCAAAAUCACCACAGGUCAACUGAUCUGUCCUCAUUUCUGAUAAGUGGAAUCACCGCUUUGUUUUCGUUCGGUUUGGCGGGAAUUUGCAUUUACUGAAAAAUGGCCUGCACAAAACUGAAUGUGUAUUAUAUACCAACUUACACAGCAAUCUCUGUUUUUAUUUUGAUAGGUCUUUAUUAUAUUUUGAGCGGUGAAGGCCAUAGAUUCGAUAUAGGAUGGGUUUUAUCUGAAACAUCACCCUACCUAUGGGCUGCAAUGGGUAUUGGUUUGGCUAUCUCUCUUUCAGUAGUUGGAGCUGCUUGGGGCAUCUAUAUAACAGGCUCUAGUAUUCUAGGAGCAGCUGUCAAAGCACCUCGUAUUCGUACAAAAAAUUUGGUUAGCAUUAUUUUCUGUGAAGCUGUUGCAAUUUAUGGGAUUAUUACAGCUAUUAUUAUGCUGAGUCAAGUUGGGUCUUACAAUCCUACAAGUGCAAGUGAAGCCGUUAUUCGUCAAGCACAUCGUGCAGGUUAUGCAAUGUUUGCGGCUGGAUUAACUGUUGGUUUUUGUAAUCUUAUCUGUGGUAUAUGUGUCGGUAUGGUUGGUUCUGGUGCAGCUUUAGCAGAUGCUGCAAAUUCUGCAUUAUUUGUUAAAAUCCUUGUAGUGGAGAUUUUCGGUAGUGCCAUUGGAUUAUUUGGAAUAAUUGUAGCUAUUCUUCAAAUUUCUGGCAAGAAAAUUUCUGAUAAAGGUUAAAGAGUACUUAAAACUGGGUACAAAACAAGCACUCUGUUUAGUUUCACUUUAAUACUUUCUAUACCUUAGUUUUUUUUCAUGAUACACUUUCUCUCUCUCUCUCUCUACAUGUGUUACCAUUUCUUUUGAAAUUUGAGUUUUACGUAUCAGCUGUGUUGGUAAACUCUCUCCUUCUUUCUCUUUCCACCAUUUUUCUUAUUUCAUUUAUUCGAAAAUGUCCAUCUAUUAUUGGGUAAUUGAAAAGAAAGAAAAAACUGAUUCAUUUCCAACUUAAUCAGUCAAUAGUGUUUGUUACUUAUGUCAUAUUUAUGAUCAAACUAUCAAUUUGUAUUUUGUUUUGUUUCUCUUAUCAUCAUUUGAUAUAAAUCGAUUAUAAUUUAAUGCAUAAUAUUUGAUAUCAUUAUUAUUAUUCUGAUUAACAAUUAACCAAACGUGAUAAUGAUGUGUUUUACUCGAAUACGCUUAUUAUGCUAUUCACAUUCCUUUCAUUGUGUGUGUGUGUGUGUGUGCGUAUAUGUUGAAUAAAGAAAUAUAUAUUCCUUAAGU